AGAGAGUGUGUGUGUGUGUGUGUGUGUGUGUCCUGUCACUAAUCACACUUCACGGUUAUUUGUAUCUCAAACAAAGCCACAGUUACUGAGGCCACGCGUGCAUGUGUGAGGCAUUCAUCCGCUAAAUACUUCAACGCAUCACCAUUAAGCCUCUGCCCACUGUCACCACCGACACCAUAUUAGAUACUUUACACACAUGUAUGACAAGCGUAUGGGAAAUCCUGAUGAAAUCCUGUCGUCUCGUGGGGGAGGCAAAGAGGAUUCAAUUCUGGUACAUACGAUCACAAAGCAUUACUCCCUGAUCGAUGAGGGGUUUUAUUUUGUACGUGAGGGCAUUUCUCUAUUUUGCUUCCGGGUAGCCAAUCUUUAUAUUUGUCCCCUCCACUGUGCACGUCCUUGCGGAUAUUUGACAAACCGGUGAAUAAUAAAACACGUCCGAAGGCAGUAUCAAUUAUUAAUUCCAUAACCCACCACCAGGACCACUGCAGUCCCGCAUCCAUCCCGCAGCCGCCGCAGGGUAGCACAGGGGCACAAGCAGCAACAUGAACUUGUCCAUGAAGAUAUUGAAAAAAGGAGGGAGAGGCGGAGAUAAGUGUACUGCAAGAAAGUAUUCACUGGAGGAGGAGGAGAACGGCGGCACGGAGACAAAGCACACAGCAGCAGGGACUGGAAACCAUCAAGCUCUCGAUGUUUAUGUUGACCACCUGCACUACCUGCGGCCUUUGCUGUGCGGUUUGCGGAUCACUGGGAUGCUCACCUGGCUGGAGCAAGACGUCAGGAACACCACUUAUUCAAGACGAUGGAAGCUGCUUUUGUUGGCGGGGUUCCUUCGACUCUUUCACGCUGGCGUCGUUUUCUUAGUCGUCUUUACCCUGGUUUUCCAAGGAAAGCCACGUGACGUUGCAGGGAUUGUGGCGCACAUUGUCAACAUGGGCGUCCCUUUGCUCUCUGUGUACUUCUUGAUGGUGCUCUGCUACAAGAGUCCCACGCUGGCUCGCCUAUGCGGCAAACUGGUCGAUCUCGAUUCCUUCUUCAUCAAUUGGCAGCGCGAACACCCAUCAUCUCAGGCAAUGAAAAUGAGACGCCCUAAGAUGUUCCUCACAGAUCCCAUCGCGCUCUCUAUGUCACUUCUUUUCUUUCUGGGUGUUUUCUCUCAGUUGUUAAUGUACACUAAAUCAUCUCUCAUGGAGAUCAUGAUUGGCAUCCCUAUUUGCUUUCUGAUGAACAUGGCCUCUUUGUCCAUAUUCCUGGUGGUCGUGUUGUACAGAACAGUAAGUAGACUCUUAGGGUAUGAAAUGAGUCGCUUUCUCACAGCCGCUUUAGGAGAGGGCACAGUUUUGUCCCGCGUCAGUAACAGAAGCAUGAUGAGUGGUAUUAGCGAGACGGGAGGUCUUUUGUUUUCCUUCUCCAGUCAUGAGGUGUCUGAAGUCAAUGGACUUUUAAAUGAAGACAAGAAAGAGAAGGAGGACGAGGAGAAUAGGCGGCAGUGUCCUAUGGAGGUGUACAUCCUGGGCGAAGCCUUCUUCCGUCUGGGAGAGAUCAAGGAGGACUUGAUCUCAUACAUGGGCUUGCCUCUCUGCAUCACCACGUUCACCUUUUCCAUCUUCAUCAUCUACUCCAUCUACGAGAGCUUCAAGGGAAAUUUCGUCCAGAACACUCCGCUUUUGGCCAUUGUGGGUAUUUUUUCGCCCCUCCUGCUGACGUUGGCGAUCUGUCGUUCCCCGGAAGAGCUGAGGAUGCAGGCUGAACGCGUCGACCUGACCCUCAACACUCUACAGCUUCGAGUAUCGUGUGUCUCGCUCAUAGCACAGCUGGGGUUGGUGCGGGAAGCGCUCAACCGAAUCCCAGACUUCAGGGUCGGCGGGCUGUUCUCCCUCGGGAAUAAAGUCGUUCUCUCCCUGGGAGGAUUCAUCCUGACUUAUCUGGUGCUGCUACUUCAGGUGGGCACGACGAGAACCGCUGAUCACCAAGCGCACGACACGAACGACACCGUGAAAUCACCUUUCCACCUACAAACUGAAAUCCUACAGUCGGUGGAGAGCCUUUUUCGUAAAUGAUCAAUGUGUGGUAUAAAGUGAGUGCACAUUAAGCGUUUUUACCAGAAUACAAAGCACAUGAUCUUCACAAACAAAUAUCCUACCAAGUGAAUGUUUAUAUUCCAAGAAGCUAAUAACUGUGCACGUAAUUUAUCACACUUUGCAUAUUUAUCAGCGUACUUUGGAUAAACCUUCGGAGUAUUAAUUAACAUUUUCACUGCUAGCUUUGAUAGCAUUGAGAGCAGUGUAAAAAAUACUUGCAUAGAUACAGAAAGAGAAAAAAAAGAUUUUUUUUUUCUAAGCUAUAGAAGUAUUUACGAGAAUAGCACAUAAAUAAGUGUCUAAAAAUGUUUUAGGUGGAUAUAAGUAAAUAUUUCUCUAGCAACGAAAAGGUUAGUUAUAUUUCAUUAUUAUGUUUGAAUACGGGGGAGUUUCUGAAAUCCUGGAGUCUGCUGGCUAUUUCUUUCACAAAUUAUUUUCUUGAAAAUAAACGCUUUGGGAUCACCUGUUUAUAGUAUUCUUGCAGUGUUGCAGAAAAUUACUAUUAUUAUUAUUAUUAUUAUUAUUAUUAUUAUUAUUAUUAUUAUUAUUAUUGUUGUUGUUGUUACCACUGAUACAUUACUGUUACUACGACUUAUAUAAUGUUUUAUUAACACAGUGGUUAUUAAUGCAGUUGUUGCUAUCAAUAUAACUGCUGCUAAUAUUUUAUUGAUACCAUAACAUUUUUGUUUUAUUAGUGUUAUUAAUGUAGUUGCCACU